CUUCAACUCCUCUCUCUCUCUUCAAUUUUUUUCCUCUCUCAAACAAACCAAAGAAAAAGAACGAACUUGCUUUCAAGUUUCUGCUUCUUUUUGGUGUGCUAACGUGCGCACUCUGCCACUGCUUAACGUGCGCCGCCUGAGAUGUCGCCGGCGGGAACAGUUACAACCACACUUAUAAGAAUCUCAAGGUACAGGAAAGCUCAUUAGGUGAUUUCAACGGUGGAGAUUGAGGUUUUUAGUCUCGUUGGGGGACAUAACUAAGAGAUGGACGGUUCAAAAAGCCAAGCGAAGUUAACUAGAAACCAGUCGUCUUCUCUCCUCCGUUCACUUCCCACCGUCCGAUCAUCAAUCCAUAGCCUAACUUCUGUAGCCGAGGAGGACCUUAUCAUACCUGUUCAGCAACAACAAAAGGAAGAGUUAUUACCAAUAGAAGAAAAAAUAAGAGAGGACAGAAGAAAACCGAACCGGUCUGGUUCAACUCCAAGACGGACCGGUUCGGCUCGGUUCACACCAGUUCUUACAAUGGUUUCUCUUACUUUCUUUACUCUUUUUUCUCUCUCUUUCUUUUUCUUCUUUUAUCUGAGAAGAGAAGAAGUACCCACCUCCGAGAAUCUUUUAUUAGCUCUAAUUUUUAUUGCCAUAACCCUUUUUUUUGCUAGCAAGAACAAGAACUUAAUCAAUCAAAAUUUGACAUUAAUCAAGCAAUUAUGGGAAGAAAAUAGUAAAAGACUCCAUCUUUCUACUUCAAGAACGAAAUCAAAGCCUGUUCAAUGGUUUAUUGGUGAGUCAAAUACUGAUAACAAUAACAAAAUCAAGAAGGAAAAGAAGAUAAUAAGAGAAGGAGUAGAGUUCUAUAGCAAUGGGGACUUUUAUGAAGGUGAAUUUCAUAAAGGGAAAUGUAGCGGAAGUGGUGUUUAUAAUUACUUUGCUAAUGGGAGAUAUGAAGGUGAUUGGGUGGAUGGUAGAUAUGAUGGUUAUGGAAUAGAGAGUUGGGCUAGAGGGAGUAGAUAUAGAGGGCAGUAUAGACAAGGUUUAAGACAUGGUUAUGGAGUUUAUAAGUUUUACACUGGCGAUUCUUAUGCUGGUCAGUGGUGUAAUGGGCAGAGUCAUGGUGUUGGGGUUCAAACUUGCUCCGAUGGAAGCUGCUAUGUUGGUGAAUUCAAGUGUGGUGUUAAGCAUGGCGUUGGUGUUUACCAUUUCAGAAAUGGAGAUAAAUACGCCGGCGAGUACUUUGGAGACAAAAUCCAUGGCUUUGGUGUCUAUCACUUUGCCAAUGGCCACUGCUACGAGGGGUCAUGGCAUGAAGGCCUGAGGCAAGGUUAUGGCAUGUAUACUUUCAGAAACAGUGAUGCAAAAUGUGGUGAAUGGGAUGGGGGUAUCCUUAGGACAUCUCUGCCUCCACUAACUGAUGCAGUCCUCCGCGUUGUUCAGGCUGCUAGAAAGACAGCAGAAAGCGCCAUUCACUUUCGUCGGGUGGAUGAUCAAGUGAGCAAGGCAGUUCAGGCUGCAAAUAGAGCUGCGACUGCUGCGAGAGUUGCUGCUAUUAAAGCUGUUCAAAAUCGGAUGGAUGGAAAAUUUUGUGAUACAAAUGUGUAAGAGUUUUAUCAUCAUAGUUUUGGUUGAAAAUGUAAAUUCUUUUUACUAAUUUUAUGUACUUGGAAGAGGUGGCCGCCCUGACUAGCAAAUGCCUGGCAGAGGUUGAGAGUGUUUGAGGGUUCUUUUUAUCACACUGUAACUUGUAAAUACACCUUGUAAAUCAAUGGACGAUGAAUUUUCAAAGAGGCAAUCCCUCGCCCUAACUUUGCAACUUUCA